AUGAAGCUCACAGCCAUCCUCCUCCCGCUCACGGCCUUUUUCUUCACCCACCACCGCCCCGCCACCGCCGCCUUCUCCGGCCGCUUCAUCAACAACUGCAAGUUCCCCGUCUACGCCAAGACAUCGCGCGGCGGCGGCUACGACUCGCACGAGAUGGUCAAGGUCGCGCCUAACGGCGGCGUGUACCACGCCAAGGUGAAGACGAUCAACAACGGGCCGGGAGUGUGCAUCAAGGUGCAGCCAUUCCCGGACGAGACCUGGCACAACGUGUAUCAAAUCGAGUACUCGCAGAGCGACACGCCGUGGACGCGCGAGGAGGAUGCGGUGUGGGCCUGGUACGAUCUGUCGACGGUCGACGCCGCUCCUUUCACACUGUAUUGGAGAAGGCUCGAGGUCGCGGGCAAGAAGGGCUGCAGGGUUUUGGAGUGUCCGCCCGGAAGGACGGAGUGCGAAUGGCCGGUACCGGAGAAGGGGGAGAUGGGGGAUUGUAGGGCUGGGAGGAAUGCGACGAUUGUGAUGACGUUGUGUAGGAAGUAG